UCGAUGUAUUAGUUUUCUCGUCAUGUCACACGAGCUAGAUCCUAUUCCUAUUGGAAAUAUAUCCCUGCUGCACGGGAUAUAGACUGGAUGUUUACACUGGAGUGUGUCAUAGUAUGUUUGUAUGGACCGCCACCAGUGGAUAUAAACAAUCUGAUGGCUGUGUAGGUGUCGUCACCUGCCACUAUGUGAUAUUACCAAGGAUCAUAACAUAUCUCGGAAGAAAAUACUCGUGAUUAUAUGUUGUACUGUACAGUUAGUACAUUUUCACUUCGCAUGGAGUCGAAGUUGGGAAUCUUUCUCCUUAUGACUAUGGUCUACUGUUUAGCAGCGAUUGAGGGUGAAAUUCGAUGUUAUUGCAACGAACCCGGAUGUAUCAGCACCAGCUACAUGUGCAAGUCAGCUUUAGGGAUGUGUUACUCUCUGGUCAGUCGAGAAGGGGAGACAAAACGUACAACACAGGGAUGUGUAGAUUCUUCAGUACAUCAAAAACACAACUUAUGUAACGGAGAAGUUCUUGAACAGAUGAGGGGAAACCGUCCCUCCGAGGAGUGGCCUUUAUUGUACUGUUGUAGAUACGAUAUGUGUAAUUACAAUUAUAAUGACUAUACGGGGAAUGUCAAUAUCGUCAUGAAUGCUGCUAAAGUCAACAACAGUAGUCGUCAUCGAGCAGUUGACAAAGAGCUGAAUAUGGUGGCGCCCCCUGGAGGUCACGUACCUUAUGCUAUUCCGGAUUCUGAUGACCGGAGCGGUGAAAGUGAUUUGUGGUUUAAAGCAGCCGUAAUCGCUGUCCCGAUUGCGGGAGGAUUUAUUCUAAUUUUAUUGGUGCUUUUAGCUGUACGCAUGCUCAGAACAGAUUCAAGACGACAUAGACAAUUAAUUCAAUUUAGACGCGAGAGAACUAGCUUAACAAAAGCACAGUUAUAUGUGACAGACCAUUUUAGUGAAAAGACAGAAAAGAGCUCAUCCUCUUCUAUGUUUGGAGAAAACCAUAACACAUUAUGCAAAGAUGUUAACGUUAAGAUGGACAAGGACGGAAAAGUGUACGAACAAGUCUGCCCAGAACAGUCCAAGUCAAAACGAACUCGUCCAUCAAUUGUUAUAUGGGGAAAACCUCUCCAAACUGAUUUUGCUACAGUGGUAUAGCACAGAUAUUGUGAUAAAUGUUCAAAUGUGUCUACUUGUGAGAGUGAAAGUUGAGUGUGAUCACGUGAUUAAAUGGAUGUGAAAUAUAUAUAUAUAUCAAAGUUUAGAGAGAUCAGUAUGUUAAUAUGUAUCAAUGUGGAAGGUGAGAGGUUAUAUGAUACAGGAUGACCAAGGUGUUCGGUUCAAUGUUAAAAGCCUGAAAGUGUGUAAAUGGGACAUACAUGUCAAACAUGGACUAUAAAUGGUUCUUUUUGGACAUUGGUGAAUUGUUUUGGACAUUGGUGAAUUGUUUUGGACUAUGGUCGAUCAAAUCAACUGAUGUCCUUCCAAAAGCGAUGUUUUGUUGAAUACACGCAUGCACGUAGUAUUUUGGUGUGUAGUUCUGUGAGUAUUUAGUGAAAUAUGUGAAGCUCUAAGUGAGAAAUUUUAACUGUCGCGUAAAACAUGUGAAACAUGUAUGUGUGUUAUUAUGUGGGAAUGCUCAAUACAGAGUCUAAAUGUGUCAGAAAUUUGUCAUGUGGAAGUGCAGUCCGUGUUUUACAUCACGCCUUUGAAAAAGUCUAGCCCUUUAGAUCCUCGCGCCUUUCCGAACAAAAAAGGUGGAAAAGCCCGAGGAUUUCCGAUUGCCUCAUUGAGAUUGGAAGAGAAGUUUUGUGAUUCACGGACUGGAAAAGAAGAUAAAACCUCGUUAUAUCGACACUGUUGCACAAUGUGGUGAAAAUAUACACGCAUUUAUUGAUUUAAGAAAAAAGAAGAUAAGAAAACAUCGCAUUAAGCGAAGUGACAGUAAAGCGAGGUUUUGUUCUAUAUUUCAACCUGCUCCUUCAUGGUAGAAUUUUCAACCUUCACAUCAGACACACCCAUUUCUUAAAGCGGAGCGAGAGACCUUUAGGGAAUGGUGUGUUCCUUAAUGGGAAUCGUGGGGUAAUACUUAUUUCAGUAUCUAAAUACUUCAAACAGUUCAAGCAGUAUUUACUUACUUUAGAUAACCAGUGUAGUGUAACCCUUAUUUAUUAAUUUUAAUAAAUAAUAUAAACAAUGUUACAACAUUUGAAUAAAGUUCAUUUGCCCAGUAGUGAUAUUUUCUGUUCUGAAUAGCAACGCUCCUGCAUCCCAAACCAUUUGGUUUGCAUUUGAUAUUCAAGGACAUGUUCCCAUUAUCAUGGUUUUCGUACAAGAUAUUGGCAAGUGAAGACUCGAAGCACAGGGCUUCAGAUGAUGCAGGUUGAUUAUGGGAUGAUCUUACUGUCAUUAUGAUCUCACCAUAUUCUAUUUCUAUGUUCACACCAUGUAUACCUUGUUCUCCUUCGAGAACGUGUCAUUACUUAUUGGAUCGAUCAAGAUUUACAUGGAAGGUGUCGUCGAUGAAUUAGAAGACGCGUACUCUUCCGGAACACAUUUUUCAUGUUUCUUUUGCUAAUAUUUUGCCAAAGUUUCAUCGUAUUUGUGUUGAAAAACGAUUCCGUUUUCAUGUCAGUAUUUUCUCUGUCAUUUUAAAAACUUCAUUCUGAUAUUGUUAUUGACAGAAUUGUCAGGGGAGAUGGUUUUAUUCAGAUUAGGAUUAUCUACCAUGAAGGUGUUAGGUGGCGUUGUACGAUGUUGUGUGUCGUUGUUUGUUACUAUUGUGUGUGGUCAUAUUUUCAUGGACUACAAAAUUAUUAUGUUAUAUUUGAAAACACUUCUAUUUAUUUCUUUCAAAA